AUGCGAUUAUUUUUUUCUUCUCCGGGUCACACCUUUUCCACUUGGAAUGAAUUUCGUUUAGGGAAUGCAUCAAAUGAAAACACAGCCAUAUUGUUACAGUGGCCACACGGGAAGCACUGUGCUGCAAGGAGUCACUUUUGGUGGAAUCCCUACGGUUUUGGUGUUAGAUGUGGCCUGCUUUGUGCUGUUACUUUUGCUCUUCUCCUUUAUCCGCAAGAAGUUCUGGGACUAUGGCCGUGUGGCCCUUGUGUAUGCCGCAGACAGUUCAUAUGAAGAGAUCUCACCGUCAGUUGAUGAGGAGUUGGUGAGAGACAAGGGCUUCUGUUCCUGGAUAUCGGCUCCGUUUAGCAUGAGUGAUGAAGACAUCUAUGAGCGAUGCGGGGAAGAUGCUUGUCACUACUUGUCUUUCCAGCGCCACAUCAUAUGCUUCCUGGUUGUCGGCAAUCUCCUGGCAAUGCUUGCCAUAUUACCGGUUAAUCUUUCUGGCAGUUUGCUUGACGCCGAUCCUCUAAGCUUUGGGAGGACAACAAUU